CGUGUACGUAGUAUGAUUGACGCAAUUGACAGGUACAAGGGAGUAUCACUAACCUAACCACCUAGGCCACAUGGAAUGUCGAAUCCCUUAGGAUCUUCAUUUCGAGCCCUAAGGCUUGCAAUUCGCGUUUCUCCGCGUCAAACAUGCGAACAUGGCCUUCUCUAUCUUGAACAAUCAAGUAUAUGUCGCGGCUACUGGCGUGGUCAGCUGUUGCUGUGGACUCGGAGCUUGCUCGGAUUUCUUCGUCAGCCAUUGGCGACACGGUGGCGGUCGCGUCUUCUUUUACACGUCGACUUGCAGCUGACCCGCGUUUCGAAGCAAUCGACGAAUCCGACUCUCUACCGCCAUUGGGGUGGUGGCUGUGAAAGUGGCCAGAGACAGUUGAAGGCGCUUUCGUGGCUACUACAAGCCGCACGGCCUGGGGGUGUUCUUGUAGCCCGAAUCGCAAGACAUGGCUCGACAGAAACCACUGCAUCGUACACAGUGCCCGCGCUCGCACCUCGACGCUCGUCCCGGCAUACCCCGGUCGGACGACGAAGUGCAUGUCGUCGUCGCAUAGAAUGGACGUCGAGUUGAACAUAUGCUGACGGCCCAGCGAGUUGCUGGCCAGUUGACGCCACCACGCUCGGUUCCACGUGUGGUCGAGGAGUAGGAUAACCACCAAGUUGGCCACUAUCGCAAGCAGUAGUGGCCCCGUCGCGCGAAUGUACCAACUGUCGAAAAAGUCGACAAAGAUCGCGUCCAAGUUUUGCGUCGUCGAGACCAAGUCGCAUUGGACCGAGUUGCCGUACUCGAUAAAGGUAUUCCGAGACGCCAAAACAGCAUAGGAGAGGUAAAUCCACGUGACCGAGCUAAAGUUGAGCCAUCCCAUGACCACGUUUUGGCCAGUGUACUGCGACUUGUUGACAAAGUGACACAGAAACUUGCUGACCUUCAAGAAGAGGCAGUUGAGCCACAGCCAGCGUAGACUGAAGGCCAUGAGUCGCAGCUCGAUCCAUACGUUUGUUUCUCCUUGACGGUGCCACCGAUAGAGCGUUCUUGAGAACAACAUGGCAAUGUUCUCGUCGAAAAGCACGGCCAGGGUAUACAACAACACCAGCACGUCGCUGUUGAAGCAGAUGUAGGCAAAGUCAAACGCGCCACUCGGGUGGCGGUACUGCGCGGGGGCCACGAGGUGGAUGAGGCGCUUGAACCAUGAGUCGACAUCCCCGGGCUCUGUCCACCGCACAGUCUUCUCGCUGGCUCCAAACGCUCCAAGCACCAUAACCACGCACACAAAUCGAACAAUGAGCGAGGCCAUAGUCCCCCAAGUUCGCUGAAACAUCAUUCCUAGGCCGUGUUGGAACCCAGGAACGUUGACACUGCUGGAAAUUGUCACAGUGCUGGCCGUGAUGUUGUACGAGUACACAACGGAGCACAUGUCGAGUCCUAGUUCAGUGUAAGGCGUACACCCCGAGCAAUACGAUGUCGAGAAAAACCGAUACAUGGACACGUUGAACUGUGCUGUUUCGCCAUGGGGCGGCAAGGGAAGUGGCGUUGAGAUCUUCAUAUCGACGAAGGCUCGGCUAGGUGCAUACCCCAAUGCCUGCAGCUCAUUGUCCUUGGCGCCAGGUGCUGCCAGGGGGGAAAUUAGCGUCGAACCAAACAAGUGGGUGAGGGUGUUGCCUCGGAUAUACGUUAUGCCGUCGUCGACUGUUCCCAAGUGGAUCGAGUUGUCCUUGGAAACGGCAGUAUCAAACACGGGGUAUGCAUCGAUCAAACUCCCACAGAGGUUACUCGCUGGGUCGUUGAUUGUGAACGACCCCAUGCUGAGAACGUGCGACGCGCCGGUUCGGUCGAUGAGUUGAGCUAAGGCGACGUCGAUCAUGAAUCGACCGAUCUUGGACACCUCGUUGGGGGAGCUCCUUUCAGGGAACGAGUAGUCCACUUCCAUGUCGUCGACACUCUCGACGUCCAGAAGGGGGGUAAGAAAGUGCCUACCAUUGCCCACAUAACUGAUGAUCUCCCAGUCGUUGGCUACGACGUCAAUGGCCAAAAGAAUGGCGCAAAAGAGUCCGGCUACGCGCGUCACCUUGGUGCGAAUCGAUUUGAACCGAGGUUGAAACGUAGAGAAUGUUUUCACACCCAAGCCGCGGUGCAGAGGUCCCGUCGGGGGAGUAGCAGCGGCAAUGAGGGACUGCAUUGACAUGUGUCGUCGUCCUUGGUCGAUUGAGC